CUCGCGGUCGAGAAAGCUGCACAGGACCAUUUGUCAGACCGCCGCCGGCGAGUCCCGCGGCGCGGGGGGCGUUCUCGACCCGGGCGCGAGCUUUGGCCGCUGCCUUUGCGCCGCCCUCUGCCGGCCGACCCGCGCACACACCAUGCCCUGGCAUCCCGCGGCUUGGACCCGUGCCGCCAUCGAGCCGGACCCGCAGGCUGGGCAGGGGCCCCAUGAUCCGGUCCCGGCAGGCCACCGCCCAGGCGCACAGGUACCAGGUCCAUGGCUGUCCAAGCAUGCGACUCCUGGCGCCGAGCCGGCACCCUCCCCCCACGUCCCACCCACGGCUCGGCCCGGGCCGGAGGCUGCAUCAUGCUUGCUUUCACGCGACAAGCCCUGACCCGCGUCCAGCCAGGCCGCUCAGGCGCAAGACCCCAGCCAUCGGCCGGCAGAUGCACGGGGGGGGGGGGGGGGGGGGGCAGGACGCCGGCGGGCUGCCUCGUACCUCGGCCCGCUAGCCGACCCAAUCAGGGAAUCCGCCCCCCUGGCCAGCAGGCAUAAAAAAGCAACCUGCUUGCUGGCCGGCCCGCGCAGCGGCCCCAUCCCGCGAGAGGGACGGCUCCCUCGUGGGCAUUCAGCUGGCCGGAAGCUCGGUGCCUCCAGGCGGCGGGCCUGCCCCUGGCAGGCACGCACCUGUCGUCGGCCCGUCCCCCUCCCCCGGCCGACCCUGGGGACUCGGUCAGCCCCGUGUGUGUGUGUGGGCGCACGCGAACGCAUGGCCGGAUCGGGGCCGCCGGACGCCCCGCCGGGCACAUGCCCCCCUGAGGCUGGCCCGAUCCAAGAGCCCCGCAGGGCGUUGGCCAUUCGCUCGAUUCUCCCCCGGGGCAUGUGGCAGGCUGUGCCCCCUCCCCCCGCCCCCCUGAGAGCCGGCGGCCUCCUGCCGGCCGACGGCCAGGCCCGCGGCCGAGGCGCAUUAUUUGGUCCGACGCGCCGGCCGCGACGCCGGGCCGGCAUCCGGGCAGCCGGCCCUUUGCACCAUGCCCCGGGUGCCCUGCGCCAUUCCGGAGGCCGUCGGCGCCUCGGAUCCCGGCCAGCAAGUAGCCUGCCGGCCCCGGCACACGGGCCUGCGUGUCGAUCCUUCCCCAGGCCCAUGGCUGUACCGAGUUGAUCGCACUGCCGCCGGCCCCCUCUCCCGGGCCCGGCUUCCUUCCGCAUGGGGCGCCCGUGGCCCCGCGAGGAGUGCGGCGGCCCCCCGCCGGUCGCCGCCCUCGGCGUCCUGCCUGUCCGCUGGGCAUCGGGCCGUUGCCAGCGCACGGCCCGAGUCCCCCACGGGUGCUUCGUUCCGUGCGUCGGCCUCGGCGGCGGCCGCACCGCCCCGGCCGGAAGGGCCAGGCAUCCCCCCCCCUCCCAAAGCCGCGGCUGCCCGUACCCCGGCCUGUGCCCGACGCGCGGGGCGACUCCCAACCAGGAAUGUGCGGCACAAUGCCCCUCCCCCCGGGAGUGGGCAGGCAGACGAGUGUGGCUGCCCGGCGGCUUGCUCCUGUGACCGACGCCGUCGUUGCCCCUGUGCCCGCUCCCCCGGGUGGCCGGCACCGCCACGCUCAGGGCGCGGCUUUCAGCAGGAGGACACAGCGGGCGCGCGAAUGUGUGCGCCCAUCGGCCCUCCCCGUCCCCGGCCCGUCCGGUGCCCAGCUCACGCCGUCAGCUGCCGAAUGCGCCCACAACCCAUCGUGCCCGGGCCCCGGUAAGGGCCCAGCCACGCCACAGCGGCCCCAUGCUGCCCGCACACCCGGGCGCCGGGGCCGCCGACUGACCCACUCCCGGGGAUGGGCCUCGCACGGGUGCUCAUGCGCGCGCCACCCUCGCCUGGGCUGCCCGUGCCAGCGCCCCUGUCGACCGAUACACGGCAGCCAGCUCUACGCCAGGACCGUCCCCGGGCCGCUCACCCGCACCCAGCCCGCUCCCCCCACCCCCAGGCACGAGGAGAUGGUCCGGGUCU